GACAUUCUUUCUCAGUUUUGUAAGUUUAAGCAUUCGCUACUCAGGAUUCGACUCUUUAAGACAGUAAUGAAUUAUUAAUCAUGAUAAAGUAUGUUGUUGUUGUUGUUAUAGUUUACCUAUGCGUGCCAAGAAGUACAGCACUGGAGUGUUACAGUUGUCAUAAUGUGAGAGACAUUCGUCAAUGCAAUUCUACAAAGAUAUGUUCUGAUGGUCAGGCGUGUUUCCAUAAUCAGACAACCGCAUCUAUAGAACAAACGACCUCCCUUGGAUGUGCUGAUUUCAAACAAUGUGGUGUACAUGUGAACGUUCAAAACACACUUGUUGGUAGAGACCUGGGACUAAGACAGGCAACAAAUUGCUUUGAAUGCUGUUCGUCAGAUCUAUGUAGCCGGACCUUGUGUGAACAUCUAACACCUUCAUCAUGUACCGACGACGAAUCCAUUGACUGUGCCAGAAUGAAUACUUUAUUCGGAAUUUGUGCUGAUAUUGACAGAGCAAAAAAUGUGUGUCCCAAAUUCUGCGGAUUAUGUAACGUUGUUGAUGGCAAGUGGUCAACAUGGUCAGCUUGGUCGGCAUGUGAUGUUACAUGUGAAAGCGGAUCGCAGCUUCGUAUUCGGUCUUGUAACAAUCCGGCACCAAAAAAUGGAGGACAUUAUUGCUUUGGGAAUAAUACUGAGAGUAAAGUGUGCCAGAAAGACCUUUGUCCUGUAAACGGUGGAUGGAGUGAGUGGUCUACAUGGGACAAAUGUUCAGUCAGUUGCGGUAUGGGCAUGCAGAGUCGAGUUAGAACGUGUUCAAAUCCGGUUCCAAGUCAUUCAGGAAAUCACUGUUUCGGUGAAAGCCUUAACAGCAGACUUUGUAUGCCAGGAGCAUGCGCAAACGGUGGAUGGACAAACUGGGGAUCAUGGGGAACAUGCACUGUAACAUGUGGGAUAGGCAUUAGUUCUCGGUACAGAUCAUGUACAAACCCUAGUCCAUCCCCAUAUGGACAGUAUUGCAAAGGAUCUGCGAAUGAAGUUCAAACGUGUUCCAAUUCAGAUUGCGUCGUCUCCAAUUACUGUGAUUCAAGUCCUUGCAUUCACGGCACGUGCAAUAAUCUGUCAAACGACUUUUCGUGUUCCUGUCACCAAGGGUUUAAGGGACGGCUCUGUAACAUUACUGGUACACAAUGUGAUCUAAAACCAUGUUUCCACGGAAAAUGUUUUGAGAGCAAUGGUGACUUUAUGUGUAUAUGCACUGACGGUUAUGGUGGAAUCCACUGUAACAUAUCCAAUUAUUACUGUCAGUCGAACCCGUGCCUAAAGGGAACAUGUGUAUCUGGACAGUCUGAUUAUACAUGCCUUUGUAACGACGGUUACGUAGGACGAAACUGCGAUGUCACAAAUGCCACUGAUUGUUUCGACAUUAUCCGGAAGCAAAUCAGCAGUAAAAGUGGAACCUACAACAUAACUCUCUGGAAAUCAAAAUUGGUCAAGGAAGUUUAUUGUGACAUGGAUACACAUUUAGGAGGAUGGACGUUUCUAGCGUUAGUCUCCAAGAAGGGUUUUAUGUGUUCUUCCAAAGGUGGUAAUCCAUACGAAUCAAAGUAG